AGUUCCUGAAGAAGAGAGGAAUCACAGAGAAAAAGGACUAGGGUAUUCCCAAAUGCCAAUUUGCCCCUGGAAAAGGAAGGUUCUGGAAUCACAUAACCUUGCUAAGAGAUUCUAGAAGACUCCAAGCAAGUGCACCCCUUUCCCUAGUAGGCCAGAGAGCCAGAGACCUCAGUUUGCAGAGGCCCAGACCAGAGAGUCAGAGGCCUUUCCUCCACAGUGUGACUGUGGGUACAGCUAGGCCACGGAUGGCCUCCGGGAGGGAACAUGACUGGCUCGUGUCCAGAGUUGCUUCCUUGACAGUUGGGGCACAGAGCCUCAGAGCAGAAGCCGGAGCCACUGACCAGUUCCACCCAGAUUAAUGCCUCUAGCCAGACAACUGCUUCUUAAGAUGAGACUCUGGGAACUUCUGCCAUUCCUGGUUCCCUUCAUCUUCUUGUGGGGCAUCCAGGAACCUGAGCUGGCGGAGGGGUUCUUUACGAAAACAUGCCCCAGAGUCAGAAUAAAGUGCGAAACUGAAGAAAGAAACGAAUGCACAAGGCACAGACACUGUCCCAACAAGAAGAGAUGCUGCAUGUUCAGCUGUGGCAAGAAAUGCUUAGACCUCAGACAAGACGUGUGCAGUCUGCCACAGGAUUCUGGCCCCUGCUUGGCUUACUUUCCACGCUGGUGGUAUAAUAAAGAAACUGAGGUCUGUACCGAAUUCAUCUAUGGUGGCUGCCAAGGGAAUCCUAACAACUUCCAAAGUGAACAUAUCUGCAGAGUUGUCUGCAGCAAGAAACGUAUGUCUUCCUGGAUAUCAUAA